UCUCGUCCUUCUUAGAACACGGUAUCACUCUUUGCAGGUUUUUUCAAUGACGUUCACGUCUUCGGUGGACGGCGUUCCUCGCGCGAGCAGCACCUACGAAAUGUGUACAGAUUAGCACCGCGCGCACCACCUGUCACUCGGAUUCGAUAGCACGGAACAUGCGUCCUACUGAUGUCACCCGGCGCUAUCCCUCCCACCACCACACGCCAGUGAGCUCCGAAUGUUUCAUUCAACGCUCUCACGCGGAAUUUCUAGGUACUAUUACUGGCGAGAACGACUAACUUCAUGGAGCUCACAGUUCGCGCGAACUUAACCUAUAUUUUUCUACAAUUUCUAACCUCACUUUGUAGCUCACUCUUGGAGGUUACAUAAAAACGUUUAUUAUUUCGAAUAGUAGAAUGGAUACUCCAAUGAAUACCGAAAAUGUGGACGAGAACGAUCAGUAUAAGGCGGUGAUGUUGUUCGGUCGAGACAUUAGAAAGAUUCCUUGCUUCAAGAACAGCAUGUUAUACGGUAUUUACAGCGGUUUCGCGACCGGCCUGGCUACCUUCAUGUUCACGAGUCGCAUACCUCUAUCAACGAGCAUGGCUUUAGGAUCCUACAUGGGUGUCUCCAUGGUGUAUUGGUGUUUUUGCCGAUAUAACUAUGUGAUGCAAAAAUACGAGAUGAACGACAUACAAUAUGUCCUUCGGAACAAGUCAACUCCCAGCGAGCGGGAGGAAAUCAACAAAGUCUUCCCGAAAGAAGAACCAAAAUUAAUCGACACUUAAGAAACUUACUUCAGCUUCUGGAUGCUUUUCAAAUUAUUUGCAAUAAGAGAUGUAUUGUGUGAGUGGUAUCAUUCAGAAAGAAUAAUAUUUGAUUGUGUAGAAUAACACAAUAUAAUGUUAUAUCUCUGAAGCCUUUUAACAAUGUUUGGAACAAACUACAUAUUUAUAUAUAAUUAGUAUAUAUAAAUAUACAUAGUAUAAUUUAAUUGGCUGGAAUUCUUGAUUCAAUUGUAUAUACAUGCAAAAGUACAUUAACUUUAUAUCAAGAAAUAAAAACUUAUAGACUUCAAGAUUGUAGAUAGUAAAUAUACAUAUGUAUACUUAUAGGCUUCAAGAUAGUUGUCAUAUAAAUUGAUUAUUUUAUGAUUAUGUUACACAAUUGCAUUGUACUGUAUUAAAACUAAGAAAUAAGCUUGUUAUUUUCACUCAAUGCAAACUUAUGUGUACAAAUUUUUUUACAAUAAAAUUGUUUUCUAAAUAAACAUUCAUUUGUCCCUACAUAUA